CACAAAAAAAUUUACAAAUUUAGUGUAAAAGAAAUAAACAAUGUGUUUAAAUUAAAAUUGGUAAAUGUUAUGGCCAAGGAUCAAGGUGAUAUUUAUUUUUUUAAUCUAAGAAAAUUGGUUAAAAAAUAAUUUUAUUAUGAUAAAAUUUAGUGCCGAAAAGUGUAAUCUUAUUUAUAUCUAAUCCUAAUUAUUUUUUUAAUUUGGUUUCAUGUUUAAUUCAAUUAUUUGAUUUUGAAUCUCUACUUAAUUUCUAUGGAAGUCUUGAAAGAAUAAAUUCACAUGCUAAUUUUUUUGUUUGACCUUUUUCAUAUUCUUUGACGAUCUUUGGCACAUGUACACUUACUAGUUGUAUAAAAUGGAAGACUAAUAUUUUGGGUGGGGGCCAUUUUAUCCUUCACCUUCCCCCUUUUAUUAAGAAAUCAUAUAAAUUUGAAGGAAGGGGAAUAUUUCACCCUUGUUUAGAGUAGUUUAGUUAGAGGUCUAUCUUGUGAUCCAGAGUUUUCAGCCUAUUAUGUCCAGUUGAGUGGAGUAUCUCCCUCUAGAUAGCAUGCAAGUCAAUGGAUUGCAUCUAUGGAGCGACAUUUGGGCAUAUUCCUUGCCCCUCCUGAAGGAUUAUUAAGCAACCAAUUUACUGGAAAAUCGCAUAUGGAGAAUCAUGGGUCUUUCUUUUGUUGAUGAUCUUAUAAGUUGUAAUCAGUCAUAUUAAAGGUUUUCUUCUAGCAGUUGCAGUUCUUUAUUAAAAACUAAAAUGUAUAGGAGAUCUUGACAAGAAGGUUUGGCACAGACUGAGAGUGAUGGUAUUGCUUACGUGCAAGCAUAUGCAUGCUCCAAAUACUUUUAUGUGGAUUUUUUGUGAUAGCCAUGUGGUGUUCAGUGAAAGGUGGAUUGUUUGUUAGUGACAUGGUGAUGAAUGAGAUUGGGAUUAUUGAUUAUUUGAAAUCAAGAUGGACAAGUUGGGGAUUUCUUUACCAAGUUGCAGGAAAUUUAAACACAUUUAAACCAUGGAAACAACCUUGCGGUUUGCUUAUUUCCUAUCCAAAAAGGAAAAGAAAACCAUGCAGCAUAUUUCCAAUUGUUAGGAACCUAGAAAUUGAUGAUAUGAGUGGCCUAGUAUGGGGAAGCAUAUUGAGAAUUUCUUGAUGAGCGUAAGUAGGCAAUGCAGGACAACUAGGAUUGGUGUUGUUUUUAGAUAACAUAGAGCACAUAUGAGUAGAGCAUCUUCCAAACUUGCUAGAGUGGGAUUGGUCUUUGAAGCUGAGAUCCUUGCUUUGGGAGAAGGCCUAUGCAUUGCAAGCAGAUUGGGCCUCAUCAACCUCAUGGUAGAGAGACACUUGGUUUUGGUGAUAGCAUGGGUAUCUUAUGGGAAUUGCAGUCCAUGGAAAUUAGAUUUGUGAUUGUGCAAAAUUGUUAAGAGUCUUUUGUAGGGUAUUUCUUCCUUCUCAGCAAUUCCUAAGGAGGAAGAGGGGUUCAGAUUUUUUGUAGUACAGAAAAGGGCAAAAGCCAUGAAGAGUUGUUGGAAGAAACGAGAACUCACAUUUCUGAUUCUCUAUGCUCUCCUUUUCUACAUUGUCAUCAUUCGGCGCUCCCUUCAAAUUUCUCGCGAUUAUUAUCGCAAGGUCUUGGGUUUGCGUCCUGGGUGGGUUGCUGAUCAGCUCAAUGAUGUCUCUGAUGCUCAAUGGAGAAACUUUCGGGGGAACUUGCCUAUUCUUACUGUUGUUUUUGGAAUUUUUGCAUUUGUGGCCAAUAUGUUGAGGGCAUAUUGUCAAUUAAAAGCAAGGGGAAUGGCGGUAGUUUGGCUUUUGAUAUCUUUGAUUUACCUAGCAUAUCUACAUGGAGCCUGCAUCAUAUUUGUCCUAUCAAUUGCUUCAGCUAAUUUUCUUCUCGUAAAGAUAUUUGCACGAACAAAGUACUUCUCAUUAGUACUUUGGACUUUCAACUUAUUUUUUCUUAUGUAUAAUCGUAUUAAUGAAGGAUAUUCAUUCUGCACUUUUGGGCAACAUUGGGCUUAUUUGGACAACUUCCGGGGUACCUUUAGGUGGCAUAUUUGUUUCAACUUUGUUAUUUUGCGCAUGAUAAGCUUUGGAUAUGAUUUCCAUUGGGCACAUCAAGAUUCUCAUUUUGAUCAGAAGAAGCACAUUCAACGCUGCCAUAUUUGUAAAGCAGGGAAAGCAUGUUACUUGCAUUUACAGGAGAGAAGUGUCCAGAAUGACAAGUUCUCCUUUAGCAUAUACUUGUGCUAUUUGGUGUAUGCACCGCUUUACAUUGCUGGCCCAAUUAUCAGCUUCAAUGCUUUUGCUUCACAGUUAGAUGUGCCUCAGAAUAAUUACUCAGUGAGAGAUGUGUCUUGGUAUGGGUCACGCUGGCUCUUUAGUCUUUUCUUAAUGGAACUAAUGACACAUCUGUUUUAUUACAAUGCCUUUGCUAUCAGUGGCUUGUGGAAACAGUUGUCUCCUAUGGAUGUUUUCAUCAUUGGUUAUGGGGUUUUAAACUUCAUGUGGCUAAAGUUCUUUUUGAUGUGGCGCUACUUUCGAUUAUGGUCACUGAUUUGUGGCAUUGAAGCCCCUGAGAAUAUGCCAAGGUGUAUCAAUAAUUGCUACAAUUUGGAAAGUUUCUGGAAGAACUGGCAUGCUUCCUUCAACAAAUGGCUUGUCAGGUACAUGUACAUUCCUCUUGGGGGCUCUCAGAGAAAGCUUCUGAACAUAUGGGUUAUAUUCACAUUUGUUGCUGUAUGGCAUGACUUAGAGUGGAAGCUUCUUUCAUGGGCAUGGUUAACAUGUUUAUUCUUUGUUCCAGAGAUGAUACUGAAAUCAUUGGCAAAUGCAUUUCAGGCUGAGAGUGCUUUUGGGGAAUUUAUUUUCCGUGAACUUAGUGCAGUUGCUGGUGCUGUCACAAUCACUUGCCUCAUGGUUGCCAAUCUUGUUGGCUACGUCAUUGGACCAUCAGGCAUUAAUUGGUUUAUUUCUCGGUUCCUUCAGAAAGAAGGACUUCCAAUUCUGGGCGGCAUGUUUGUAACAUUUUAUGUGGGAACAAAGCUUAUGUUCCACAUUGAUGAUGCCAAGAAAAGGAGGCACCAGCACUGAAUUAAAGUUCACAAAUUUGGAAUCCAAGUCUGAUUUUGCCAAUAUUCCUGAUUAUAGAGGUUAUAAUAUAUCUGUUUGUGGACUUGGAUCUACUAGGGAGAUUUCCUUAAAACAAAUAGACCCUCUAAUUCAUAAAAACUUAACAGGUUCAAGUGGCUCUGUUUUUCCAUUUUAAUACUUGGUUUCUGCGUUUCUUUCUUAAUAUUCAGUUUUGAGGCAGACAAGGAGGUGCCAUAUGGUGAUACAAGACUGUCUACUCUAUUUUUGUUUGGUUUCUUGAGUAGAAGGGCAUGCAAAAUCAUCCCUUCUCCAAGAUUAUGUUUUGUACAUGGAAUUGGAAUACUCACACUGGGAUCAGACGGUUACUAACUUCUUACAACAGAAUUUCUCUGAGAAUGCAAUUUGUGUAUACAUGGUUUU